CUGUUUAUAUAAAAGGGUGAAAAGUCCAAAACCCUAGCAGCCGGCUGGUAUGAAAGGGUGGAAGGUCCAAAACCUAGCAGCCUCCUCAGAAAAACUAGUCAAGGCGAAUAUGGUGUCGGGGUCAGUUAUCAUCGAUGCAAAGAAUCACAUGCUUGGUAGAGUAGCAUCGAUCAUAACGAAAGAGCUGCUGAAGGGUAAUAAAGUGGUUGCGGUUAGAUCCGAAGAGAUCUGUAUCUCAGGAGGACUUGUUCGCCAGAAAAUGAAAUACAUGAGAUUCCUCCGUAAGCGCAUGAACACGAAGCCUUCUCAUGGUCCCAUCCACUUCCGCGCUCCUGCUAAGAUUUUAUGGCGCACUAUUCGUGGAAUGAUUCCUCACAAGACUAAACGUGGAGCGGCCGCGAUUGCACGUUUUAAGGCGUAUGAGGGGAUCCCACCUCCGUAUAAUAAGAUGAAGAGGGUGGUAAUACCUGAUGCUCUCAAGGUUUUGAGGCUUCAGGCUGGACAUAAGUACUGUUUGUUGGGCAAGCUUUCAUCUGAGGUUGGAUGGAACCACUAUGACACUAUUAAGGAGCUUGAGAGGAAGAGAAAGGAGAGAGCUCAGGUUGCAUAUGAGAGGAAGAAGCAGUUGACAAAAUUGCGGGUUAAAGCUGAGAAGACUGCUGAGGAGAAGCUUGGCCCCCAGCUUGAAGUUAUUGCACCUAUCAAGUAUUAAGCAUUGAAACGCGGUUAAAUUUCUUUAGCAUUUCGUUGCAAUGUUUCUGUCCAUUUGUGCAGGGUACAUCUGCCUCGCUGCAAUUUUUCAAGUAGAAGAUGUCGUGUUAUAAAUUGUUAUCUGACUUGGGUUUUCAAAUUAGCUAUGUUUGUGUCAUUAAUUGUCGCGUACUCCAUUAUACAUUUUUUACUUAAUUUGUGAUGUCAUUUGUAUUU